GAAAUCUACGCUCGAUUGCCGCCAGCAAGAAGCCACGUGGCUGAGCACGAUGCGGCGGCGGCCCCCACGCUAACUCCGCCUCCCCUCUUUAUUUUCCCUUCGUAACGAUCGUUUUUGCGGAGCCAAUGCCAUCGGUGAGCAUAAGAUCGAACACCUGACGGCUGAUCGUUUUGUUAAUUGGAGUGAGGAAGAUGAAGUUGGCGGUGGAGGUGGUGGACGCGGCGGAGCUCAUGGCCAAGGACCGGCACGGGUCGGCGAGUCCCUUCGUGGAGGUGGAAUUCGAAGGGCAGCUGCAGCGCACGCAGACGAAGCAGAAGGAUCUCAGCCCCGCCUGGAACGAGACUCUGCUCUUCAACGUUCCUGAUCCUUCCCAGCUCCCCCACCGCACCAUCGAGGUCUGUGUUUACCAUGACGCCACUAAGCCCGGCGGCGGCGGCGGCCACCAGCGCAACUUCCUCGGCCGCGUCCGCCUCUCCGGCGUCUCCGUCGCGCCCUCCGCUGCGGAGGCCGGAGUUCAUCGCUACCCUCUCGACAAGCGCGGCUUCUUUUCAAACAUCCGCGGUGACAUCGCCCUUCGGGUCUACGCGCUGCCCGACGCCUUCCCCUCGGGCCCCUCCCCCGCCCCGGCUACCCAGGUACGUGACGCUCCCCCCCUUUUCGUCAGCGAGCCGGCGUCAAUCGAGGCUACGGGUUUGAAGAAGUCAACAGAUGAUGAAGCGAAGGAUGAACCGCCCCGAUCAUUCUUCUCGAUUCCGGCGGCCUUCGGCGGCGCUGGUGGGCAGAUGAACCAAGCGGCUGCGGGAGGGGCGCCACCGCUGGUCCAAGUACGAGCAGAGCCAUCUGCGGCCGGAGCACCAGUGCGGCCGCCGGCGAUAAUAAUGGCCGGCAAGCCGGAAUUCGGACUUGUAGAGACUGCCCCGCCACUUGCAAGCCGCCUGGGGUAUCGCACCAGUGACAAGAUGGCCGCCGCUUACGACAUGGUGGAGCAGAUGAGGUACCUGUACGUAAACGUGGUGAAAGCCCGCGACCUCCCCACCAUGGACCUCACCGGCUCCCUCGAUCCCUACGUGGAGGUGAAGCUGGGCAACUACAAGGGCGUCACCAAGCACCUGGAGAAGAAUGCCAACCCGGUGUGGCGCCAGGUGUUUGCCUUCUCCAAGGGCAACAUUCAGGCGAGCCAGCUGGAGGUGGUGGUCAAGGACAAGGACCUGGUGCGGGACGACUUCGUCGGCCGCGUCGUCUUCGAGCUGACGGACGUGCCGCAGCGCGUGCCCCCCGACAGCCCGCUCGCCCCGCAGUGGUACCGCCUCGAGGACAAGAAGGGCGACAAGCUCAAGAAGGGGGAGGUCAUGCUGGCCGUGUGGAUGGGCACGCAGGCCGACGAGGCAUUCCCGGAUGCUUGGCACUCUGACGCCCAUACCGUCGCCGCCGCCGACGCCCUCGCCACCACUCGCUCCAAGGUCUAUUUCUCCCCCAAGCUCAUCUACCUCCGCGUGCAGGCCAUCGAGGCGCAGGACCUCGUCCCAGCCGACAAGAGCCGGCCGCCGAACAUGAUCCUCAAGAUUCAACUCGGGGGGCAGGUCCGCCGCACGCGGCCAGUAGCCGGCACGACCAACCCAAUUUGGGGCGACGAAUUCCUGUUCGUGGCGUCGGAGCCGUUCGACGAACCGCUCGUCUUCACGGUCGAGGACCGGGUGGCCGCUAACCAGGACGAGCCUGUCGGGCGGCUGAACCUGCCUGUCUCCGCCGCCCACAAGCGGACAGAGAACAAGCAGUUUGAGUCACGGUGGUACAGCUUAGCCAAGCCGAGCGCCUCGAAGGAGGAGGCCGGCGGCGACAAGAAGGAGAAAUUCUCCAGCAAACUCCACGUCCGCCUCUACCUCGAGACGGGAUAUCACGUGCUCGACGAAUCGACCCACUACAGCAGCGACUUCCAGCCGGCGGCGAAGAUCCUCCGCAAGUCGAGCAUCGGCAUCUUGGAGCUGGGAAUCCUCAGCGCCCGCAAUCUGAUGCCAAUGAAGGCCAAGGAAGGCCGCACUACCGAUGCUUACUGCGUCGCCAAGUACGGCCCUAAAUGGGUGAGGACGAGGACUCUGCUUAGCACCCUGUCUCCGCAGUGGAACGAGCAGUACACUUGGGAGGUGUUCGACCCUUGCACAAUACUCACCGUCGCCGUGUUCGACAAUGGCCACCUCGCCGGCCACAAGGAGGACGCCAAGGAUCAGCGAAUCGGAAAAGUACGCAUCCGCCUCUCCACGUUGGAGGCCGAUCGCGUCUACACCCACUUCUAUCCCCUGUUGGUGCUUCAGCCUUCCGGAGUGAAGAAGACCGGCGAGCUGCACCUCGCCGUGCGCUUCUCCUGUACCUCCUGGAUGAACAUGCUCGCGCUCUAUGGCAAGCCGCUGCUCCCCAAGAUGCACUACACGGCGCCCAUCAACGUAAUGCAGAUGGACGGCCUCCGCCGGCAGGCCAUGCUGAUCGUGGCGAUGAGGCUCGGCCGCGCGGAGCCGCCGCUACGGAAGGAGGUGGUGGAGUACAUGCUCGACGUGGACAUCUACAUGUGGAGCAUUCGCCGGAGCAAGGCCAACUUCGACCGCCUCACCUCUCUGCUCUCCGGCGCCACCGCAAUCGCCAAAUGGUUCGACGCGGUGAGUAAAUGGAAGAACCCACUGACCACGGUGCUGGUACACGUCCUGUUCCUUAUACUGGUCUUCUUCCCGGAGUUGAUUCUGCCGACCAUCUUCCUCUACUUGUCCGUGAUCGGGAUUUGGCGCUACCGGCUCCGGCCGCGUCACCCGUCGCACAUGGACCCGAGGCUGUCCCGCGCGGAUUCGGCGAACCCGGACGAGCUCGACGAGGAGUUCGACUCGUUCCCGACGACGAAGGCCGCGGACCUAGUGCGGAUGAGGUACGACAGGCUGCGGAGCGUGGCCGGACGGGUGCAGACGGUGGCAGGCGACCUGGCGUCGCAGGGCGAGCGGGCGCAGGCUAUACUGAGCUGGAGGGAUCCGAGGGCCACCGCCAUCUGCGCUCUGAUCUUCCUCGUCCUCGCCGUCGUCUUCUACGUGACCCCAUUCCAGGUGGUGGUGGUGCUCGUGGGUAUGUACCUUCUCCGGCACCCCAAAUUCAGAAGCAAGAUGCCGUCCGUUCCAUUUAACUUCUACCGCCGGCUGCCGUCUAAAUCCGACAUGCUUCUCUGAGAUCUUACAGUGCAAAUAGAAAUAAAAGUACAUCUGUGUACCUAAACCUCAAGAAUCUGUGAAGAAUGUGCAAGAUAAAGAUCGUCUGUGUCGUCUUUCACGGUGGAAAAGGUUAAAAGUGAUCAGGGUGGAUGAGAAUCCAACAGUUGAGAAUUAGUCGACACAAUGAAGAAGCUUCUGUGGGUGAUCAAGGUUUCUUCCUCGUGUCAUAAUUCAGCGACAUCUUCUCGAUCAUGCCAGUGUGUGUAUUCUGUGUACAGUUUGCAUAUAAACUAUAUGAGUGCGAUCAUAAUGUGCGUGUGCGGGUGAUCUACUUGUUACUGAAACUCUGGAGUAAUAAAAUGACCCAUUUCAAUUUGA